AUGGAGGCAGAGAGCCUGCAGUUCAGCUGUGAGGGUUGUCCCAACCCAGAGGAGGAAGCUGAGGAGUUUGAUGAAGAGUUCCUGUUAAUGUUAGAGUCUGUGGAGGGUGAAGGUCUUAUCCAUGCUGACAUGCCUAAAGAAGUCGGGGAAAAGUGUCUUCAUUAUUCUUUUUUUUGCUCUUUUCAUCUCAGCACUUUAGAUGAUGAGGGCACCAACCUCCGACAGCAGAAGUUGGACAGACAGCGAGCGCUCCUUGAACAAAAGCAGAAGAAGAAGAGACAGGAGCCUCUGAUGGUCCAGUCUAACGUGGACGGGAGGUCUCGUACUCGUCGGACCAAACAGAGCGAGGAACAGGCCCCGCUGGUGGAGUCCUACCUCAGCAGCAACAGCAGCACCAUCUACCAUGUGCAAGAAGCUGAGCAGGAGGAGGUGAAGGUGAUAGCGGACACGCAGCCGCCUCGCGCCGCCAAAAAGGGCAAAGCCUCGGCCAGCUCCACUCCACAGACGGGCAGCGACAAGAAAGAGAGGAAGGGGAAGCACAAAGCUAUCGAUGGCCUGGCUUCCCAGCAGGAUGACGGUCAGAUCCAGAUCCUGACGGUGGGUCACCACAGCACAGACGAGAGCGAGAGCGAGCCCGUCAUGAGCUGCACUCAGUCGCAGAGUAAACAGGAUCUGCGCGUCACCAUGCUAAAGAAAGGUAUAUCCAGCAGUAUGAAUUUUGAUGAAGAAGAGGACGACGAAGAUGAAAUUAGCUCCAGUUCCUCGCAGCUCAACAGCAACACGCGACCGGGCUCUGCCACAAGCAAGAAGUCAUGCAAGGAAGUUGCCUCAGCACCCACUCCCCCAGUCAAUGAACCUGCCAUUGAUGUGGAUGACCUUGAAGAGUUUUCUCUGCGACCUGCACCCCAGGGGGUCCGAGUAAAGUGCAGAAUCACCAGAGACAAGAAAGGCAUGGACAGAGGCAUGUAUCCCACCUACUACCUUCACCUGGAGAGAGAGGAUGGCAAAAAGGUGUUCCUGUUAGCUGGCAGGAAGAGGAAAAAGAGUAAAACAUCAAAUUACCUAAUCUCCAUCGAUCCCACUGAUCUGUCUCGAGGUGGAGAGAGCUUCAUUGGUAAACUGAGGUCUAACCUCAUGGGCACUAAGUUCACUGUGUACGACAGCGGCCUGAACCCCAUGAAGAGCACCACCAGCCUUGAAGCUAGCAACCUGCGUCAAGAGCUAGCAGCCAUUUGCUAUGAAACCAAUGUUUUAGGAUUCAAAGGACCUCGCAAAAUGAGUGUCAUCAUUCCUGGAAUGAACAUGGACCACGAGAGAGUGUCUAUACGUCCACAAAAUGACCAUGAGUCACUGCUGGCCAGGUGGCAGAACAAGAGCACAGAGAGCGUGAUUGAACUUCACAACAAAACGCCUGUGUGGAACGAUGACACACAAUCCUAUGUGCUGAACUUCCAUGGCAGAGUCACUCAGGCCUCUGUCAAAAAUUUCCAAAUCAUUCACGACAAUGACCCUGACUACAUUGUGAUGCAGUUUGGCCGUGUGGCAGAGGAUGUCUUCACCAUGGACUAUAACUACCCGAUGUGUGCCCUGCAAGCCUUUGCCAUUGCCCUCUCUAGCUUUGACAGCAAGUUAGCCUGUGAAUAGAUCCCAGCCUGAAGUUCAGCAGAGAGCUGCUGCUUCUGUCCUCUCAACAAGGGCUGUCAAUGUAUCCUCUGGGCUGGUUUGAGAUCUCGAAGUCGCCCAGUACCUUGGAGGUCCUGCAUAUCCCAAAAUGCUUUAUGGGCCUCACGUUUUGUGUGUUUGUGACAGUGGGGAGGUGGAUUGGACCCUGUGAUGGUCUUUGUCAGUGGAAGUAAACAAGCACAAAGAGAAUCCACUUUCAAAAUACAAUUUUGUUUUAAUAAUUAUAGUCAUUUUAUACUGUAUUAGAAUGACAAAAAAAAACACGGUUCAUUUAUGUAGUAGUUAGAGAAAUGUAACAUUUCUUUACCUGUAAAUUAUAACUAACAUCUACACAUCUGUACGUUUUAAAGGCUGACUGGAUUUUAUGUAAUCUGCCACACAAAAAUGUCACAUUCUUUCUCAAGCAUGAGUUCUGCUUAUAUACUUAUUGGAUAAAAAAAUUAAAAUGCACGUCUCUAUAUAUUUAUUUAGUUAAUUAUGUAUUUAUUACAUGUUUAUUUUGUUUUCUGUUGUCAUUCGCAAACAACUCAGCAGUUUUGGCUCCUUGGAGCUGCAAGCACAAAGAUUAGUAUCCCAAGUAGGAAUAUUUCCACACGAACAAUUAGCCACUUGAAGCUGAACAGGGCAAAGGCAUGUUACAAUGUGCUGUGUACCAUUAUACAAUAUUGUGUCACAUUGUACAGUAUGUGAAUGUAUAGGAUGAUGGUGCACUUUACUUUGAAGUCUGUAGUGGAUGAAAUAUAGCUGUACAUACUUUAUUGUGCCUUUGAAGACUUAUUCCAGUGUAAUGCUUUGGCCAUACAAUGGGCUGAGCUUGAAUUGGUCUUUGCUAUUCUUGCUGUCCUCAAAUGCAUUGGACAUAAUUCUCUGUAGCUACUUUGCAUUCAGUUGCCUAAUGCAGAGUUAUUUGAGACUGAUUACAUAGCUGGAGUUGCAAAAAUAAAUGAUAAUAAUCCAAAGUGCAAAUCAUUGAAUGACAUUUCAAUGAGUUUCCAAAUAAAUGUUGCAAAACACAUUCAGGGCCUGGAAUAAAAUUAGACCCAAAAGGCGAAAUAAUUAUUUACAUUGUACUGUAGAUACGCAGCUGUCCAAACAUCCAAAGCACUCAGGCUUAAGUUUGUUCUAACCUUCUGAUGUCUUCUACUUGGAAAAAAAAAAAAUAGGAAACAGAUUGACUUACUGCCAUCAAACAUCAAGUAACAGGAUAAAUCUGCCACAGCUUCAUCUCUUGCUCUUUACUGCUUUGAUUCAUUUUAUGCUCCACUGAAGUGGAGUUUGGUAAAUUCCUCUUCUGACUGGCAGUCGGUUUCUAUAUCUGUGGUUUAUUGCUGUUCACAUUUUUACUUAAAACAGAAUUCCUCUUGCUCCUUAUGGGGCAGUAUUCUUUCUCAAAUAUAUAUAUAUAGUAUUUUGUAUUCUAUGAACAUUAAAAAAAAUGCUUAAUGAAGGCAAAGAACAAUCUCUGAUACCGCUAUUGUUACUGUGGAUUAUGAGGAAACCUUUAUCAAAUGUGCUAUUCUUGUACUCAAUUGUGUUCUAACUAUUUUACAUUUCUAUUUUAAAAUUGUUGAUACUCUUGCUGUAAAGUCUGCUUUUCAUACAUGUGUCCAGGAACCAAAGGUUCUUUCACUUUAUGUUUUUAGUGCUCUCGUUUUAUUGUACAGUAAAUGGUGUAAAAUGUACUGUGGUGGUAUAGACACAGUCCUUUGAUCAUGGAAAAAAUAAAACUUCAGUGAGUCAAAA